AUGUAUCCAAGUCACGUGGCACCAAAUGUGUCAGCAACAGAUCAUAUCCGAGUCACACAGCACCAAAGUAUACCAGUGGCGGUGAAUUUGCAUGGGUCUGCAGCAACCUCGGUUCUUGCCUCCUCAGAAGAAGGAAUUCAGCUGAAGGACAUAGGAUUGGAUCCACAGGACAGUGAUGGUGGACAGUGUGGAUUUAGUUCUCGUGAAUUAAAUAAACCCACUUAUGUGGUUGCUCAUGAUGCUGAAGAUGGAUACCCUGGAAUAAAAAGGUCCAGACCAACCUAUUCUUCCUCGAGAAAUAAGGGACAGGAAGAAUUCUGUGUAGUUUGUGGUGAUAAAGCAUCACCAUCACCGUAUCAUUAUAAUGCACUUACCUGUGAAGGUUGCAAAGGUUUGCUCACAGAAAUCCAAUGUAAAUUAAAGAGACUUCAAAAGAACUUUAAGGAGAAGAAUCAUUUUUACUCUAACAUCAAAGUGGAAGAGGAAGGAGUAGACAACAGUUUUCUAUCAUCCACCACUAGACCUGGAAAAAUGAUUCAGGAAAGCAUGGAACUAACUGAAGAGGAACAUCAGCUCAUUAAUAACAUUGUGGCUGCUCAUCAAAAAUAUACCAUUCCUUUAGAAGAAACAAAUUUCUGCAGGAACAUGCAAAUCCUGAACUGAGCUUUUUGCAACUCUCAGAGACAGCAGUCCUACACAUACGUGGGCUAAUGAAUUUUACCAAGGGGCUCCCAGGAUUUGAAAAUUUGGCCAAUGAGGAUCAAACUGCACUACAGAAGGGAUCAAAAACUGAAGUGAUAUUUCUCCAUGGGGCCCAACUUUACAGUCAGAAACAAUCAGCCUCUGAAA